GGAAGCUGAAGUUACUUCCUCAUCCCCCUCCUUCUGCCCUUCCACUCCUCCUCCCAUCUCCUACCACCCGGUUGUGAUCAAAAUGCAACUCCCGUCGCUCUGAGAACUCACCUCCAUCGCGAUUUUGAGUGGCACGCGUCCCUCAAACCCCGUUCUGUCUGACUGACUGGGUUAAAUGAAGAUACUUUAAGGGAGCUUGUGUCAGCGGAGAUGUUGGCAGGUGCGUUGGUUCUGGGCAUCAUCCUUACAGCUUUACCAAGUAUCCAGAGCAGGUGGAGUGUGUCAUUUUCCAGGAAGGAGAUCUGUGUGUGGGCAGGAACAACCGUCACUCUUCCCUGUCGCUAUGACUACCCAUCAGGCCACACUGUGAAGCGGGUCAUGUGGUUCCGUGUGUCUGCAGAGGGUCGCAGGGAGUUCACUCACCACACGGACCCCAACGAGAUCAGCCUGUCGUACCGCGGACGCACUCGCUACAUCGGGGGCAGCUACUCCAGCUGUUCAGUCCAGAUCCGUGUUGUUAAGCUGAGCGAUGCAGGCCAGUACCACUUCAGGUUUGAGACGGACCAACCGCUGGGGAGGUGGACCUCCUCUGACACCAUCACUCUCGAUGUCACAGACCUCCAGGUCCGAGUGCAUCCGGCAAGGCCCGCCGACAUGUUUGGCUUGGGAGAGACCGUGUUUGUAGGCUGCCAGGCCAGAGGAUGUGCUGCUCCAGGAAGAAGCCUGGCACUGUACAGAAACGGACUAAACCUCGGCUCCUAUGAGAAAUGGAUGACCAUCAACCGCUUUGACCAGCAGCAGGCUGGCGCGUACACCUGUCGACCAAUCCCACCCCAGAACGUACAGUCGCCAUCCCUCCCGCUGGCUCUGGGACACGGUCCACGCUCCACCGCCAUAGCAGUCUUUCCAGUGGGGGAGGUGUCAGAGGGGGGGUCAGUCACCCUCACCUGCAGUAGUGACGCAGCUCCACCGGUGGAAAGCUACGCAUGGUUCAAAGACAUGGAGAGUGGCAGCAUCCCAGACAGUUUUAGGCCUCAGCUCCGCCUGUCCCCCCUCAUAUACAAGGACAGAGGAGAGUACUUCUGUGUGGCACGCAACUCACUGGGCACAGACCGCUCCAAACCGCUGCUACUCAAUGUCACCUACUCUCCAAAAAACACGCGUGUGCUGGUGAGCCCUCCAUCUGAUAUCAGAGAAGGCUCAUAUGUUCACCUGAGCUGUGUCAGCCACGCCCACCCUCCUGCCAGCAGGUAUGCUUGGUAUCGUAUCCUAGGUGACCAGGUGUUGGCUAAAGGAAGCUCCCAGAACCUGACCUUCCCCUCAGUGCGUGCUCACCUUGCUGGUCAGUACUACUGUACAGCCUGGAACCGCUUCGGACACCAAACCUCCCCCGUUGCUACACUCACUAUACUUUACCCUCCUAAGAACACCUCAGUUCUAGCUCGUCCCUCCAGUGUGGUGGAUGCUGGCCGACCUUUGACCCUGACCUGCAGCAGUCAGGCCAACCCUGCAGUGGACAACUUCACAUGGCACCGCUUAGCUCUGGACGGGGGCAGUGUACAAUCGUGGGGCACCAAGUCUGGUCCUGUCUUCACCUUCUCAGAGGUCGGCCCUAGAGAAAGCGGCCAGUACUACUGCGAGGCCAGGAAUCGAAUCGGAGCCCACAGCUCUCCUGUCCUCACUGUGAGAGUCAGAGGCCGUCUUAAGGUCAUUGCCUUGGCGUCAGCAGUAGGGGUGUCUGCUGGACUCAUCACUCUCACAGUGGCCAUCAUGAUCAGUAAGAACAUGCACAGAGUCGACAUGGAUUCAGGAGAAGCAGCAAACAAGCGUCCCUCAGUGACAGCUGACACCAUGUUCUAUGAGUCAGCCCAACAGACCUUUCCAGUGAGAAAGGGCAAGAUGUCCGACAUACCGGAGGAGCCAGACGACUUGAGUGACAGCGGCCACCCGGCCAUCGUUCCUCUGAAGGAUGCUCCACCAAUCACAGAAGUUGAAACUCACAGCCCCGCCCCUAACUACAUCACUGUCCACUAUUCCAAGUUGUCCAGUGUGGACCAGGUGCAGGUCCACAAUCUGCCAGUGGGUGGUGAUAAAAAGCCGAAGGAUUCCUCCAAAGUUGUUUACACUUUACUGCACCAGCCUCUCCAUUGACCCGUAGAAGAAAAAAGGCAAGUCAGCUGAACAACACAUCAGCCUUCCUCAUGUGAACCGAUCACUUUACAUUCACACUGUAGGACAGGAAGUGAUUCCUAGUGAGCGCAGACGAUGCCGUCGGCCGUUCUGGGUCAGACAUGUCGUUGUGGAUUCUCUAUGGUUCACCAGACCACAAGGACAACACGUGGUCCUGGUGCUGACUGGGAGGCCAGCGCCUAAACUGUGUUGCAUGUCUUUCCCUUUUUUUAUCUAUGCAUCUCACCACUGUCUGCUGCCUGAUGAAGCAGAAAUGCUUCAAAACAAAAACAGAAAAAUUCACCUUGUUGGCCAUUUUGCUUGUAUUCAUAAACACUGUACAGGCGAUAUAUCCAUUGUUGCUCUUUAGUUAGUCUCGCUUUGCCAGACCCUCCUCCAAAGCGCGCUGAAGGAGGGUCUGGCUACUCCACAUAGCAUUUAGGGAUGAGGGGAAAACGGUGUGAAAACUGGUUUAUUGGCAUGUCUUUAAACCAAUCAGAAUGGUCAUGGGCGGUGCGAUACUCCGCUCAGAGCCGCUGCAAAAUAGUUUGAAAAUAAUCGUUUGAGCGAAAACUCAGAUUGGACAUGUGGUCUAGCUAGCUGUCUCAAUUAACCCUGCAGACAUCUGAGGAGCAGUCGAGUCAACAAUAGUCCUCCUAAAUCCACUGAAUUUAAAAUUCCAACAUGAAAAAAGCGGAAGGAAACGGAAAAUACAUAUUACGAAAUUUGGUGGAACGCAAAGGACAUAGGUUACUCUUGAUAGUUGACACAAAUACAUGUUGAUGACACAGUAUGGUUACUACAGCAUCUUUUGCAUCCUUUGGCCAUUAAAAAGUGAAAACCAUUUGUAUUAAAAAAUAUUUGUCUCCCAUACAAAUGAGGCUCAAAGACACAUUAGUGUAAGAAACAUGUGGAAAAUUAUUUGACAUCUGUAAACACCUGAUUGACACAUGAUUUUCCACACUGUAUACAACAAUGUUCUAAAUUGUUAACAGGCUUAUUUGGAUUGCUCAUGCUGCAACAUAUAUUCAGUUGAAAUAGCUUGCUUCCAUUAAAGGUAUAAUAUGUGGGAUAUGUAGGUAAGAUGUAUAGACCAAUACAACAGUAAUCCUUCUCAAUGAUUACUUAUGAUCUACUAGAAGUGUGUGGCGCUGUCUUUAUCUUCAGAGACCCUGCUCUUUGCCUGAAUUUUCUCUCCUUUUUCUUCUUUGAGCGGGACGUUUAUGGGGAUCACAAACAGAGUGUUUUGGCCCCCACGUUGGUUGUGUAACCCCAAGCUAUUAUCAGCAUGCGGAUUGUACCACUUGUUCUUAUUCCAGGUAUUCCCAAGCUUUGCAUUUACACAAAAUCUGGCAAUGCCGCACCUUCCCGCUGAGGCGUUGUUUGUGUUUUAGAACGUAACCGCUGUGAACAAUCAGAAAACCUUUUAUUCCUGUAAUUCAGGGCUUUGUGUGGGAGAAGUGGUUAACUGUGAACUCUGUGUGUUAGGGUUACAUAUUAUACCUUUAAAUCAGUCUCUCCAUGCUUAUGUAGAGUAAGCAAAGCCAUCAAUAAUGCAAAACUACACGCUGUGGUUUGUUACUCUAAAGAAACAUUAUACUAACAAUUGUGUAGCUUGAAUGUAUGUUGCCAUGUUUGAAGCUCACAAACUAACAGUAUUGAUGAAGAAGAAAAUGGCUGA